GAAUGAUUUUUACCCGGCUUUUCUUCCAGCACUUUGAUCAUACCACAACGGAAAAUUCAGCGCAACCGAGUCUCCCUUCUCCUCCUAAAAAACAGUAAACGUUCCUCUCACGAUUUCCGUUUGGACGUCGCCGUUGUCGACAAUUCUCCGUCACCGGUGGUCCUCGGCGGUCUCCUAAAGAUGUCUGCGGUCGGAUCUUCUUUAUCGCAGUACACGUACCCCAACGGGACCUACUUUCCGACGCCAUUCCACCUUCAACAGCAACAACCGCAAGCCUACAUCGGCCCCGCCUCCCUCCCCCCUGUUCAAGUCCCCGUUCCUUCCGUCGUUCCUGCAGUAUAUCCAGUUACCGCCCCUCUUCCGAGUACAUCCCUAUCUCAAUACCAACAAGCAAAUCAGCUGUUUCAAAGGGUUGCUCAAAUAGUUACACCAGAAGCAAUUGAGAAUGUGAAAGCCGCACUUGCAAGCAGUGAAAUCGAACAGAAAGCUGAUGCUAAGAAGAAAGCAGUUCAUCGUAAAGCUGCUGGCCAAACUUGGGAGGAUCCCACCCUUGCUGAUUGGCCAGAAAAUGAUUAUCGCUUAUUUUGUGGUGAUCUUGGAAAUGAGGUGAAUGAUGAUGUUUUAUCAAAAGCAUUUUCAAGAUUCCGAUCAUUUAACAUGGCCAGGAUAUACAUGCUCCUUCGUUGGCAUGUCCCGAUUUGCCUGGCAUUUGCAUGUCCCUCUAUUUUUCCUGUUGUCCAUCAAGGUUGUGAGAGACAAAAGAACAGGCAAAACAAAAGGCUAUGGAUUUGUGAGUUUUUCCAACCCUUUAGAUCUUGCAGCAGCCCUUAAAGAAAUUAAUGAGCGCAAGGUCUUUCAUAGCUAAGUAAUCAAUUUCACAGACCCCCAACGAGCAAGAAAUGGGAAAUAUGUUGGAAAUCGACCUAUCAAACUUCGGAAGAGUAGGUGGCAAGAUAGGAUUGACUAUGAAGCUUUAGAAAGGCAAAAGAACCAAACUCAAAAGAAGACCAAGAUGCCCAAGAAGAACAUAUUGCACAAGUGAAUGCUGAUAAGGCAUGCAAUUUGAGAUUCAAAGACAAGCUGCGUAGGAAUAAUUUUUUGUUAAACUUUAGAAAUUUAUCUGAUGUAAUUAUGUUUGGAGUACUAGUUAUCCCUGGUAGUCCGACAUGAUUGUAUGAAAUACAUAUGGGAUUUCAUCUUUUCUUUAGAUGCAAGAUCUCUGUUAAUGUGUAGAUUUCUUCUGAACUAUAUAUCGAAGUGGAAAUAGUGGAUGCAGGUAUUGGUAGACUUGGUUCUAGAACCGGACUUGAACAAUGCAGGUACAAGGCCGGGCUGGUUGUUAGAAUUGAUUGGAAGUGCUUGUAAAUUUUAUUAAUAAAUCAAAUCAUGGCGUUUGGGAUAGAAGGAAAAGUAACUUAUUUUAGUUGGAUAGAACUCACAGAAGUGAUUGUGAUUGUGAUCUUUGUUACGUUAUGUUUGCCUUGAACUAUUAAAAUUUAGCCAUUAAU